CGACAUCGCUGUGCAACAAACUGAAUUGCAACACGCUACCAAACUCCGGGAAACAUGUCGUCAAUUCGACUCAAUCGUCCAGAAUUCAAUCUUUCGCCUGCCGAAAGCGAUUCUCCUUCAAAGAAAACUUGGCGAGGCUAUGACACAAAGGCUUGUUCACUCAAAGAUGUUGCUUGGAAACACGGAUGAGCUAGUGCUUUGCUAUGCUAUCAAGUGCACAGCGGACGAUCUCGCUAGCUACGCCAAGUCUGAUCUCCGGAGUCGAUACGUGCAAGCUCUCGAAACGUCCGCCGCGAGAACAAUGAUGUACUGGAAGCUUCUUGACUGCCUUACCGCGGAGAAACAAAAGUGCCUCCCACUUGCAUCGAUCAAGGACAAUGCUCUCGUAGCAGCUAUCGGGGCAGACGAGGAUGUUGAGGUACGGAAACUCUUAGAAGACAGAGUCAACGCUGCUUCAAGUACGCCACUCUUUGGAGAGGCUCUAGCUACAGCGACGUCAUCUGGAUCUUUGACAAUGGUACAUCUCCUGCUUCACUACUGGGACUGGGAGACCCACGAACAUCUUGCUGGACUUCGCCUCAUGAAUGCCGUCGAAGCUGCCGCCUCUGCUGGCCAUGACCGUGUGCUGACCGAAAUUCUCAAUCACAAAAACCGCAUCGCUAGGUCUACAUACGAUGACGCUGUUAUCCGCAUGGUCAGGAGCAACCAGGCAGCAUCCGUUGGGCUGUUACUGAACUCCAGACGCGCAGACCUCACUCCGGCGGCCAAGGAAGAGUUUUGGCUACGUUUCAUGCGAACGGCUGCAGAAUGUGGUCAGUGGGCGUUGCUGCAAACAUAUUUGCCAAAGAUCCAAUUAGACAUUGAAGAGGCCUUGCUUGUGAGAGCAAUGAACGACGCAUGCUUGGAAAACCACGAGCAAGCGUUCCAUACCAUCAUGUCUCACCUGCCCGUCUACGACUCUACACGCUAUGCGGACAGUCUCUUCUGGGCCGCCGGGUUUGGUAACACGGAAGUCAUGAACAGCCUUUUGACAUCCCUGCAAUAUGACCAACGCGCAUUGCUUUUAGCUCUUGCCGGCGCCGUGUCUACAAAAGCAUAUGAAGCUGUCGUGUACUUACUCAAGGUUGCAGGUGUUAGCCUCAUCAAUGAAGACGUCCCAACGCGCUUCACGGAUAUCGCCCGUUUGUUGCUUCCAAAGGCUUUCACUCAUGUGGUGGCACAGUCCGCCAAACCGCUCUCCGUGUCAACUCAAGUAGAGAACCUGCGCGCAGCCACUAGAGCAGGUAGGCUUGCCGACGUCAUCACCAUCUUGCAACAUAUCAAAGUCCACCAUCCGAACGAUAGCUUGGUCGGCGUUUCCGCUGCGUUUAGUGAUGCAGCGAAGGCUAACCACCUCGAUGUUCUUCUGUUCCUGUGCGAGAAUUGGACGCCUCACCUAGUGACCUCUUGCGUGAAGUCGCCAGCUGUAGCACAGAUUUUCAUCAACUUUGGCUGGGACGUUUGUCAGACCGAUCAAGGUUCGAAGUAUCCGCGUCUUGGGAGCUUCGUCUAUGACGAGCAUUUUGUUCGUUGGCUGCUGAGAAAGGGAGCCUCAGCCGACGCACGAGGGGAAUUUGACGUCACAGCGGUGUCGGUAGCGAUCUGCCGCGCUCCAAUGUCCACAAUCAGACUGUUGCUCGACCACAGCAGUAGCGGUAUCCAGCAUGGGCAGCUGCUCCAUUUUGCUAUGCAAAGAAGUGGUGAAGACAGCCUAGAGGUUGUCGAACUUUUGCUAAACUUGGGUUGUCCGAUCGAUAGCAUCUGGUUCCGAAAUGAUGAGCGUUCAUGGCUAGAGUGGGGAAUAGGGGAAGCUGGAACAGCUUUAUUCAAUGCAGCUGAGCAGGGCAGAGACGACAUUGUGGCGUAUCUGCUUUCAAGAGGUGCUGAUGCUACAAUCGUCUCCAACAAAGGUCGCACAGCCCUGGAUGUAGCGAGAAGCAACCAACGAUUCGGGAGUGUACGGCUUCUGGGUGCGUAGGCUGGGAGAUACUCAAUCGUCACAUCGCACGCGCACGCGCUCGUGUAGAUGUAGCUCAGACUACCCAAAUUCAAUAAUAUUUACGGC